CUUUGCUCCAAACCCUAACCCUAACCCUAACCCUAAUUCAUCUCGCGCUUCGAUCUCAGUGCGACGGCUAUCUCCUUCUCAAUGGCGUCUCAACGUGCUCUCUGAUCUACUUCUUCAUCGGUUCUAGGGUUCGGCACUGAUCCUGCUGGCUAUAUUGGCAAUCUCUGGAAGCCCUGUUCAAAGAGGGUGGAGCAAUCUUGGGAGCAACAAGACCUACUUGGUUUCUAGCUUUGUACAAUCACAAUGAGCUUGGUUUCACGAACAUCAUGGGAGCAGAAGAAAAAGUUUGAAGAGGUUGCAAACAAUACAACACUUGAUUCUAUUGGUCAAGAAUUGAACUCAGAGGACAAACAUAAUUCAGAUAACCUCAAGAGGAAGAAGAGGAGAAGAGAACAUGCUGCAUCCUCAGGUGAGAAGGACUCAAAGGUUGAGCAAGAAAAGGAGAUGAAAAGACUUGAAAGUUUCUUGUUUGGAACCAUUUAUUCUCCUCUGGACUUUGGAAAAGAAGUCAGUGAAGAUAGAGAAGAAGAGGGUCUUGCCGAACCUUUGUUCAUUGUGAAUAAAUCAACCAACAAUGAGAUAGAGUCUUAUGUAGAAGAGUUGAAUGAAGAGAGGGAGCCUCUGUCUGAUGAUGGAGGAGAUAGAGAAGAAAUGGACAGUGCGCAACCUGCGCCACCCAUGAAAAUGUUGACAGGCAAUCAGAUAGUGGUUCAUGAGGAAGAGUUAAACAAAGAAAAGAAACCUGCGUGGAUUGAUGAGGAAGAGAAUAUGACAAAGGUUGACAUAAUGAAGGUGCCUAGGUUGAGAAAAUUGAGGAAGGAAGCUGGGGAAGGGUUGAUCUCGGGCACUGAUUAUGUAUCUAGAUUGCGUGCACAGCAUUCUAGGCUGAACCCUGGAACAGAAUGGGCACAUAUUGACCGGAAAUCAGAGCGUGUUCAUGAUUCUGACAAUGAGUCUGAUGAUGAAAGUGGUAUCACUGUUGCUCCUGGGUAUGAGCGCAUUGUUAGUGAUGACAUACUGAGGAGCAAUGAUGAGCUUGUUGUGAAAGAUCGUGUGAAGCUCUUGCCUGGGCUUCUGGAGUACUCAAGGCUUAUGGAUGCUAAUGGCGAAGAACCCUCCAAUGGUCCCAUAAAUUCCAUCCAAUUUCACAGGAAUGGCCAGUUGCUGCUGACUGCUGGACUUGAUAGGCGGCUUAGGUUUUUCCAAGUGGAUGGAAAACGCAAUACUAAAGUACAGAGCAUUUUCAUCGAAGAUUGCCCAAUCCAUAAAGCCUCAUUCUUACCUGACGGAUCUCAGGUUAUCUUAUCAGGCAGAAGGAAGUUCUUUUACAGUGUUGAUUUGGUCAAAGCAAGUGUCGAUAAAAUUGGUCCCUUGACAGGCAGGGAAGAGAAAAGUCUGGAGGUCUUUGAAGUUUCUAAUGAUUCAAGUAUAAUUGCAUUCAUUGGCAAUGAAGGUUACAUCCUACUGGUUUCUACAAGAACGAAAGAGCUGAUCGGGACUCUGAAGAUGAAUGGAAGUGCCCGCUCUCUUGCUUUUGCAGAUGGCGGGCAACGGCUCUUGAGCAGUGGUGGUGAUGGACAUGUUUACCACUGGGAUCUCAGAACUAGGACUUGCAUUCAUAAGGCUGUUGACGAGGGUUGCCUGGCCGGUUCUUCCCUUUGUACUUCACCUGACAGUAGUUUGUUUGCGGCUGGCUCAACCAGUGGAAUUGUGAACAUCUACAAAGAAGAUGAAUUUCUCGGUGGAAAGCGGAAGCCAUUGAAGACAAUUGAGAGUCUAUCCACCCAGAUUGAUUGCCUGAAAUUUAAUCCCGAUGCGCAGAUACUAGCGUUGUGUUCAAGGAUGAAGAAGAACAGUUUGAGACUUGUCCAUGUUCCCUCCUUCAACAUUUUCUCGAACUGGCCUCCCCCGAGGUCCAGCCUGCAGUAUCCUCGGUGUUUAGAUUUCAGUCCGGGUGGAGGCUUCAUGGCUGUGGGUAAUGCCACCGGAAAGGUUCUGUUGUACAAACUGCAUCAUUACCAGAAGGCCUAACUAAACACUCGAAACCCUAGUUUUCCAAAACACGGAAGUUAUCACAUAAUGGUUACAUUUUCAUUAAUUCAGUUUGAUGCUGUGUUGUUCUUGUACCCGUAUUGUUUUUGUGUUUGUUCGAAAACCUCGAGAAGGACAUGCUAUUAAAUUAAUUAUGACGAAACAAUCGUCUGUUGUUUUC